CGAGGUCGUAUAGUUAGCAAAGCAAAGCGGCUGAUGAAGAAGUGACCUGGUAAGUCGCAACCAUUCUUCCUUCCUUAGGACUAGACAACCCCAACCCAACCCAAAAUCCGAGUAUGGGUCUGCCGGAGGUUGUUGAAGUUGCUCGGAGUUUCGCCGUGAUGAUCAGAGUUGAGGGCCCGGACCCAAAAGGAUUAAAGAUGAGAAAACAUGCUUUUCAUCAUUACAUCUCAGGGAAAACCACUCUUUCAUCAUCUGGAAUCAUAUUGCCUAGUUCCUUUGAUGUUAGCAGGGAGCCAAUGUCAUUGGUUAUAACAGUUGCAUCAAUAGUCGAGCCAUUUCUUUCAUCAAAGCACAGGGAUCAGAUUGACCAGGUCAAACCAGAUUUGAUUCCUGGUGCGCGGAUUGAUAUAAUGGUAGAGGGGAAUGCUACAAAGUCUGACACUGAAACUCUUCAUUGGCUACCUGCUCAACUUAUAGCUUUGGUCGACAUCCCUGCUUCAUCUGUCGCUCUCCAAUCUUUAGUGGGUGGAUCAUUGGAUCAUGGCUGGGAAGUUGGUUGGACUUUGGCCUCUUACAAUCAACCAUAUUUUGAUGCUACACAGAAGGAGGAGGCAGUCAAAAGUCAAGUUGAACCAAGUCUAAAUGGAACUCGAAUUGCUAUACUGAAAGCUUCUUCAACAAGUUUUGAGGAUCUGCCAAAGCUGAAGACAUCAUCAGCCGGAAAUAAGAGGGGUGAUCUUGUUGUAGCAAUGGGUGCUCCAUUUGGUGUAUUGUCUCCUGCUCAUUUCUGUAACAGUAUAUCAGUUGGCUAUGUUUCCAACUGCUACCCUCCUACUUCCUCCAAAGCAUCACUGUUGAUGGCAGACAUUCGGUGUCUUCCUGGAAUGGAAGGUAGUCCAGUUUUUGGGGAACAAUCAGAGAUUGUUGGUAUGCUUACAAGACCACUGAGACAAAGGGGUACUGGUGCUGAAGUCCAGCUUGUAAUUCCAUGGGAAGCCAUUAUAAAGACCUGUGCCGGAUUCCUACCAACCAACACAACCACCCUGAAAGAAGAUUCAGUGAAACAUCCAAAUCCUGUUGAGCUGGCAAUGUCUUCUAUAUGUCUUAUCACUAUCAAUGAUGGUGUGUGGGCAUCUGGUGUUUUACUUAACAACCAUGGACUUAUUCUCACAAAUGCUCACCUUCUGGAGCCAUGGAGGUUUAAGAAAACAGCACCCAGUCAUAAAACCGUGUCAAAUAUCUUUUUUACCCCUUCAAAUGAUACGGCGGCCUUUGAAUCUAAGAGAAAUCAUCAGAGCAUACGGGUUCGUGUGGAUUAUUUGGAGCGUUGGAUUUGGUGUGAUGCAAGCGUAGUCUACGUUUCUAAAGGUCCUCUGGACAUUGCAGUGUUGCAACUUGAGUUUGUGCCUGAUAAACUUGUACCUAUUGUUAUGGAUUUCACUUGUCCCUCUCCUGGAUCAAAGGUUUAUGUUACUGGACAUGGGCUUUUUGGACCUCGUUGUGAUUUUCUUCCUUCAUCUUGUGUUGGAGUGGUAGCAAAAGUAGUUAAAGCACAAGGAGAGGCACCGGCAAUGAUUGAAACAACAGCCGCCGUGCAUCCUGGUGGUAGUGGUGGUGCUGUUCUUAAUUCGGAUGGUCAUAUGAUCAGUCUUGUUACAAGCAAUGCUAGGCAUGGUGGGGGCACUGUGAUACCUCAUUUAAACUUCAGCAUUCCAUGUGCAGCAUUGGAGCCAGUUUUCAACUUCUCAAAAGUAGACAUGAAGGAUUUAUCGAUCUUGGAAGAUCUUGACCGACCCAAUGAACAUCUGUCUGCGGUAUGGGCAUUGAUGCCACCCGUAUCCCCCAAGCCCAGAUCACGUGGAGAUGGCAUUAAAGAUCCCAAGGGUUCAAGAUUUGCGAAGUUUAUAGCUGAAACACAACUUUUAAAACCAACAUCUCCGCCUGACAAGACGGGUCUUGCUUCUUCAAAAGUUCUUCCUAGCAAGUUGUGACAAAAAACAGUAAUCACGUCGUUUCUUGGCCAAGAAUAUGUGAUUUGUUGUAAUGUAUUAUAAUCAAAUGUAUAAACUCUUAAUAUAUCUAUUUGCUAAUAAUAUUGCAUUAUUGUCCCAA